AUGGCCAUUCCCGGCAUAAAGUAUAGCUUCAUUCCGAAGGAGAACAAAAGGUUGAUUUACAAAUACCUGAUGAAUGAGGGUGUACUAGUUGUACAGAAGAAUAACGACGUUAUGAUACAUCCUCAAUUGAACAUACCAAAUUUACACGUACUUAUGACCAUGAAGUCCCUAAAGUCCCUCAACUACGUGGAGGAGAGUUUUAACUGGCAACAUCAAUACUUCACCCUUACAAAUGAAGGCAUAGAGUAUCUGCGUACCUCGCUUCAUCUUCCUCCUACAGUCUUUCCAGUCACGCUGUCAAAGAAACAGCCUGCUAGGGCUGGCCUUGCUUCUGCUUGA